CCGCUGACUGACCUCCUUCAGGCAGUGUUCCAUAGAUUUGUGUGUUCAAGAAAAAGAAAGUGGUUGCAAAGUAUGGGGCAGAAACAAAGUAUGGGGCAGAGAGCGUGCUUUCCGCUCCUGUUAUGGGUUAGCUGAAAAUAACACCAAAACAAUACACACGCUUCAAUUGGACAGAUGUCCGUGAGUUGUUGUGAUUCUGGAUGGCUACCAACAAUGACAAGAAACUGCCAUGUGGGGAUUGGGAAUCGUACGUGCACAGUUUAGAGCGUCCUGUCCGUAGGACGGCAACUGCACCGACCGCAACCGCAGGGCUCUCCAGAGGGUGGCGCGGUCUGCCCAACGCAUCACCGGGGGACACAUACAGCACCCGAUGUCCUUCAUGAUAUUUUUCGCCUUCCUGUGACAUCAACCAAACGAGCCACGGCCUGUUCACCCCUCUAUCAUCCAGAAGGCGAGGAUACAUAUUUUCAGAUCCUACCAACUUCCCGCAACAAGGAGGGUUUCCCCAACGUUUGAAAAGUGAACGUGACACUACUCGAACGCUUCGUUCACUUCACCGCUUGCUCUUCAUAAAACUCCUCUGGAUUACUUUGCAUUCAUCGGGGUGGCAGUUUACAAUCAAAGAUGUACCGGAAAUUUGGGGACAUGGGCCGCGGAGGCAGCUCUACGUACCACAACAGCGACUCUGGGUCCCCACACACCGGAUCGAGCGCUGUAUCCCAGGACACCAGCACCUCAACCACUCAACAACAUCAGAAGUUCACUGUGGCAGGAGGCAGUCAGUUUAUUCCCAGUCUCAACGACAUCACUUCCAACCAAGACCUCCAGUGGUUGGUCCAGCCCUCCCUCAUCGGUCCAGCUGGCCCCUCACGGCCUCCACGUCCUCCUUACCCACCUGUAGCAGGAAUGAGGUCCUUCAACCCCUCACCUUCCCAACCACACCUUUACAGACCAGGGGUCAUAAGGGCCGCGGCAAGUUCUGGAAGCACGACCAGACGCAGGAACGAUGAACAUUUGUCCCCAGAGGAGUUGGCAAGACGCAGAAUAAGGAGGGAGCGAAACAAACAGGCAGCUGCCAAGUGUCGUAACCGCCGACGUGAGCUGACAGACACGCUGCAAAGUGAGACAGACGAGUUGGAAGUUAAAAAGUCCCAUCUGCAGAAGGAGAUUGCUCAACUAAAGAAGGAAAAAGAAAAGCUAGAGUUGGUCAUAGAGGCCCACCGUCCCAUUUGCAAGAUCCAGGACUCUGACUUGGAUUCUGACCCGAGCUCAGGGCUUCCCUCAUUAGGAAUUAAAAUCGAGCCUGAGGACCUACCACGGUCCUCAGUAAAGAGCCAAUCAAAGAUUAAGAAGCCCAAACCCCAAAUUAUUAUCCCUGCUCGUCCUGUGACAUCCUUUACCGUCCCCAUGGAAUCUGAGUCCCUUCACACCCCAAUUCUUAUUUCUACUCCAUCUCUUACUCCUUUCAUGGCUAGUCUGGUCUUCAGUUAUCCCUCUGGCUCUCUAGACUCCAGUUCCACUAGUUCAUCCCAGGCUCUACCGCCUCUGCCAUCUUCCUCUCAACAGGAAGUGGCCCAGCAGUCUCGAAACCCCCAGCCCUGUAGUAUUGCCCAUCGCCGUAGCAGCAGCAGUGGGGACCAAUCAGAUCACUCCCUAAACUCCCCUACCAUCUUCACACUGUGAUUUAACGGGCUUCCAUGUUGGAAAAGACUGAGUGACAACACUGGCGGUUAUGAAGAUGACGACGAUUAUGACAACGACAUGGGUGCCAUACAAACACACUGACACUCACAAAGCAUUAUGGUGAUGCAAACGACUCAUAUUUAAAGGAUUGUAUUGUUACACUAUUUUUUUGUUUUCCCUGAUGCAUUUAACAUCUGACUAACUAUAUGUGUUAUGCUCAAAACCCAAGAGGUAGAAUUGUGCAAAUGUUCAAACAAAAAUGCAUAAACUUUGUGCACUUUGUCAAUAAUGGUGAUAUUUCUGCAUUUGAAAUGUAGGAACCACAUCAAUUUACUGAAGCCUUACAUGUUCUGUAUGAACACUGGCCUUUAUUACCUGUAACAACAUGGUAAUAAACACGUUGGUUUUGUUUUAGGAUAAUCAUACAUGCGUGCCAAGUUGUAAUCUUUCUCAUGUAUGCUAUCUUUAUAUAAAAAAAUGUAUACAUAUUGUAGUUUAAUACAAUAGAAUUUAUUUCAUUUAUGCAAAACCGCAUUAUUCUGGGAACAUUUAAGACAACUAAGGCAGGACCAUGGGAGUAAAUAUAGAAUAUAUAUAGACAUGUAUUUGAGCGUGUAGUGUAUAUUUUUGAUAAUGUGUUCUCUUUUGACUGUGGGUUUAUAGUGGGCAGUGCCUUCAUUUUGAUGCGAUCUUACAAAGCAAUGCAAUAAAAGACUAUAAAGACAA